CCACCCGACUCCGAAUUACUUUGUUGCUUCGACUUCAUUCCGUCUUGAAUCCGUCUUACAUCUUUUUCUUCUGAAACUUUAUCCCUCACGCCGUUCGAACAUCAACACUCUCCUCUAAGGUCCUUAGACACCCUCUCUCCGCGAAGAAGCACCCGAUUGCCUUGGUCAGGCCCCCUUCCGUCAAACGAUCCUCGCUUGAGAUGUCCACCGCCACCGCUGCCGCCUCCGGGGUUACUCCCCCCUUGACGGACAACAGGCUUGAGAAGAAGCCCAUCAAGUUCUCCAACUUGCUUCUCGGCGCCGGCCUCAACUUGUUUGAGGUCACCACCCUCGGCCAGCCCUUGGAGGUCUGCAAAACUCAUCUCGCCGCCAAUCGAGGUGACUCCUUCGCCUCUGCGCUGCGCUCCAUCUGGAACCGUGGUGGUGUCCUUGGAUUUUACCAGGGUCUCAUUCCCUGGGCCUGGAUCGAAGCCUCGACCAAGGGCGCCGUCUUGCUCUUCGUCGCCUCCGAAGCCGAAUACUAUGCCCGAGUCGCCGGCGCUUCGGAGUUCGGUGGCGGAAUCAUCGGUGGCGUGACCGGCGGUGUCGCGCAGGCCUACGCCACCAUGGGUUUCUGUACCUGCAUGAAGACGGUCGAGAUCACCCAGCACAAGAUGGCUGCGGCCGGCGCCAAACCUCAAAGCACGUUCGCGACCUUCAUGGAUAUCUACCGCAAGGAGGGCAUUAGGGGAAUCAACAAGGGUGUCAACGCUGUCGCCAUCCGACAGAUGACCAACUGGGGUUCUCGUUUCGGCUUGUCGCGUCUUGCCGAGCAGGGUAUCCGCAGGGUCACCAACAAGGAGCAUGGCGAGAAGCUCAGCGUUGUAGAGAAGAUCACGGCUUCGGCUCUGGGUGGUGGUUUGUCCGCCUGGAACCAGCCGAUCGAGGUCAUCCGCGUUGAGAUGCAGAGUAAGAAGGAGGAUCCCAACCGUCCUAAGAAGAUGACGGUCGGCAACACUUUCAAGUAUAUUUAUGAUAGCAACGGUCUCAAGGGAUUGUACCGUGGCGUGAUGCCGCGUAUUGGGUUAGGCGUUUGGCAGACGGUUUGCAUGGUGGCUAUGGGUGAUAUGGCCAAAACUUACGUGGAAAAGCUGACCGGAGACAAGGUCACUGCUAAGCAUUAGGCGGCGUUAUAUGGAAUGACUGUUCAUGAUAUGAUAGAUCAUGGGAUGAAUGUGUGCAUUUUGCAUUUCUGGUACUUGCUACCUAUAGAUCUUAACUUUUACCUCGUCUACAGGUAGCUUUUGAGUGGCCCGUUUUAACAUACGGCGACGUUUUUACCCUCGUUGUCGAUAUUAUACUUAUACUACAUAGACCUGAUCGCAAUACAGGCUUUUGUGAUCCUUGGGGUCAUCUUAUCUACAUUUCUCGAACGUUGUGCGUGAUUUUUUGCUCCAUCCUAUGGAC